CUCCUUCUUCCUGCCAUUUACCUACCACCAGUCUGGAGAAGACUCUUCCAACAAAAGAAGAAGCAUUGAAGAGAAAACACAGGUAUUAAAAAUUCACUAGGAACUUUUUGUAAAAAACAAAAUUAAAGGCGUGCAAUUUUCUCCAAUUGACGCGUUCUUUCUACUUGCUUAUAGCGAUUCAAGACACAGGAGGGAUCUCCUAUCUUCUUAUUUCAUUUUAACUUUUUAAACCACGCGUUUUAUAGCCUAGACAACAAGUUUUUUACGACUUCAUAUUUCACCUUCUACUUCCCUAAAAUCGGAAUUCUUCGUACGACGUUUUCGUUAGAAUUCCUUAUAUAAUCUCCUUUUUUUAGAAGGCGCUAUAUUAAAAGAGCAUCGAUAAAAAUCGGGGUCUUUUUACUUUUUAUUUUUUUCUUUUAAUAACAAAGCAGUUACGUGGUCAUUCUCGUGAACAGCUGAAGCUUGCAGUUUUUCACCUUUUGACGUUUUCAAUUGCACGGAGCUUACGGACUUAACCAGCCUGACACACAACGUAAUUUUGCAACUCGCGUAAAAAAAAAAGGGUUACAUUGAAACGAUCAUACAGACGUAUCAGAGACGACAUUAAAACAGUGUAAAUUGUUUGAUUGGCCGAUUAUUUUCCUACACUUCAAUUAUCCAAGCCUUUUCUAACCUCGUUGACCAAUCCUCCGUCUUUAUUAUAACAGAGUGUUCCUUAUAUUGUGGUCGAUCAGUUGUGCGUUGUCAUCAUCGUCUUCAUCUAAAUUGGAAAUUUCACACGACUUGAUAUAUUUUAACCACAAAAUUUCUUCUUGGUUUUUUCCAAUUUCUUUAGUUUUACUAAAAACUUUUUCUUUUUCUUUUUUUUUUUUCUUUCUGUUCUUGCCAAUUUAAGUAUUUGCUUGAAAAUUUUUCAGCAUUUCUUUUUUAGUUGUCACGUUUUGUCCUGUCAUUUCAUCCGCGGAUUUGAAGCUUGACAAAUACCAAAGAAUUUUCCCUGCUGUUAAUUCCUAUCAACCGUUUGAACAAAAAAGUUAGGUUAUUUAAAAACACUGAAGCUUACUUUCUUUCGCAAAGUAUUUUUUUUCCUCGUAUUCUCUAAGCUGAGAAUUUUUUAUCCCAUAUAUAAUGUUUCGUGCAAGAUUUUCAAGGUUUUGGAAUCACCAAGCUGGUCCUAAAACAGUCCAUUUUUGGGCUCCUGCUAUGAAAUGGACCUUGGUGUUAUCAGGUAUUAGUGACUAUACACGUCCCCCUCAGUACCUUUCUGCUCGCCAAUACGGUGCUUUGUGCGCUACCGGUGCUAUCUGGACUCGAUGGUCUUUGAUUGUACGCCCAAAAAACUACUUUAAUGCAACUGUCAACUUCUUUUUGGCCAUCGUUGGUGCCAUUCAACUUUCAAGAAUUUUCGCGUAUCAACAACAACAAAAACGCAUCAAGCCAAAUGCUGAAGUAAAAGAACCAAAUCAAAAUCUUGCUUAGCGCUUUUCCAGCUAAGUAAAGAUAUGUAUUAAGACAAGCAUUAACAGGAAGCUCAUUUUCCUCGUUUCCUUCAUCAUGACUUUUUUCUUAUCAUUUGUGUUGUGACAUAAUUGAUUAUUAAGCCUGACUAACUCUUCUGUUGGAGGCUUUUUUUGUUUUUUUCUUACUCUUGAAACUUUCUUGAAAGUUUGAGCCUUUGCUAUUUUCUCUCACUAAUUUAGGGUACGGGAAGUGUAUUUGCUCAUUGAAAAAAAUCUGUCACUUGUUAUUUGAAGGCUCUACUAGGAUGAACCAAAAAGAAAAAGAAACCAAAUAAAUCUCCAAUUGCUAUUUCUGGUUUCACUUAUGUUAUUCCUUUGGAGUUUAUUUUAUCUAUUUUCUCGUUCUGAUUUCAUUGUGCAUCUAUUUAUGCAUCAAUCUCCCUACGAGUACGCUUUCGUUUUUUCUUUCCUUGUUUUCAAAAUAUAUCCUAUCAUUUUAAUCUCUGCCAUUGCUUGACGUACCAUAAUGCUCAAAUUGAACAAUUGGUUCGUAUAAGAUUUGUUGCAUGGCAAAGUUUACGUUAUCCCUCUCUCCUCUUUUGAUGUCUAAACGAUACAUUUCUUUUUAGUUUUUUAAAACGAGACAAUGAUGGUAUAUAUAUAAAUAUAUAUACGUAUGCAUGUAUGCUAUGUUUCCUCUAUGCUUAUGCUUAUAAACCAAACGGUCAAGGAUACAAUGAUUAUAAACAGGUUUUAGUAUGGGUACAAUUCGAUUUAACUACCAGUAAUGUGCAUUCGCAAUAACGAAUAACUUCUCAGUUAUUUAUUUCUCUGAAGUUGCAAAUAUCACUUGAUUAAUUUUUAGUCUUGCUAUGAAAUUUAAUUAAGACAUAUAUUUCCGUAAGCUAUAGUAAUCU